AUGCAUUUCUCCACGCGCUGGGCGGUCGUUGUAACUACAAUUUUCUUCUCAUCCCUGAUACCAACCGUAGUCGCAUACGACCGCUACGGUCCCAUAGUGAAGAAUACUACAUGGAGCCCAUGUGUGGAGGACCCGACUUACCUGUGUGGCACUUUUGACGUGCCGCUGGAUUGGACGCCAGGAAAAGAGUCGAGGGGGAAGGCGACGCUUGCCGUGGUCAAGUAUCCCGCUCCCGGUCAGAGGAGGGGGUCUCUUUUCGUUAACCCAGGUGGCCCUGGUGGAAGUGGUUACGAUUUCGUGUUGGGAAUGGGUUCAGAUUUAGCGAAUAGGACCGGUGGAUACUACGACAUCGUCGGUUUUGAUCCUCGCGGGGUUGGUACCACCAUGCCCAAGAUUGACUGCUUCAACAGUACAGAUGAUGAAAAUCAGUUCUGGAACGGCACUAUUGUCUCCAAUGGCAUCGAAGCAAAAGGGAACUUCACAAGUUCUAAUCAAACUGACCCUGACGUGGUGGCAUUCUGGGCCCAAGAACCCGAGGUUGACUCGCUACUUGGCGAAGUCGGUCAAUUGUGUCUGCAGAUGAACGGGGACAACCUCCAAUUCGUUGGUACAGCUGCGGUCGUGAGGGACAUCAUCGCCAUGGCGGAUGCUUAUGAUGGCGUGGGGUCUCCGGUCUACUUUUGGGGCUUCAGUUAUGGGACGGUGAUCGGCGCUUACCUCGUGAACAUGUUCCCUGACCGCGUGGGACAUAUUAUUAUUGACGGUGUUGUCAACACGCUUCUGUGGGCCACCCAUCCCGCAUUCGAAAUUUGGCAAUUUGCGAUACAAGAUACCCCCAAUGUUUUCCAAGGUUUUGCAGGUGCUUGUGCCAUGGCGGGCCCUACAGGAUGCGCCAUUGCCGAGAAGGGGAGCACCAACGAAACCAUCACCAAAUGGGUUCAGAGCCUCAUGGACGCAGCGUACGAUUACUACAAAGGUGGAGGCACCGAGACGAGCUCCUCGGCCAUUCGAAACAUGAUAUUCCACGCAAUGUAUUCUCCCACGGGCUGGCCAAAACUGGCGUCUGAUCUUUAUUCGAUUGGGCAGCUCUUAUCCGGUGGUGGAAGUAAGCGUAGCUUACGAUCGAUCGACCUCUUUGAUCUAGAGGUCGAUUCGUGGUUCUCGCCUCCAGAAUUUGGUCCGUUGGGACUGAGGAGAAAGAAAAGCAAUCCUGUUGCAAGGAGGCGCAUGGAGAGGCUGGGCAAGAGGGACUCGGAUCCAAGCACGUAUGAUUAUGCCUUUCAGGCGAUAACAUGCGCGGAUGCGGUCGAUGCAGGGAAUACCACAACAGGCGAUGUCUUUGGAGAGAUUGUCUUGGCGUCACAGAGUGUUUCCGAGAUGUUUGGACCUAUAUUCGGCGAUGCUGGUUUCUGGUGCCACAAGUGGCCUUCUCGUGCCACCGAGCGCUUCACUGGCCCAUGGAACUCAAAAUUGAAGAACAAGAUGCUCAUCAUUGGAAAUCAAGCAGACCCUAUCACACCCUACGCGGGAGCACAGCUGGUUGCGGACCUCCUUACCCAAGCGAACGCUGUGAUCGUGAAGCAGAGCGAAUUUGGUCAUACAUCACUCGCUGAACACUCCGAUUGCACGUUCCACGUCAUCCACGAUUACUUUGCCAAUGGAUCGUUGCCCGUCGAUGAAUCCCUUUGCGGAACGAACCAGGUUCUCUUCCCAGGCUCCCCCGUCACCAAGCUGUCUCUUGAGUUCGGAGGGAGCCUCAACCCCGAACUGAAUCCUAACGUCCCCAUUCCUCAUCCUCCUGGGUAUAAAUUAUCGGUUACCGACAACAACGACACUGCCAAGUACAACAUCCAUGGUGACAACAGCACUCUGACUGCGCUCGAAAACGAAGUCAACAGCCUCAAGUCGACUCGCCAAACGCUUCUUAUCGCUCUUGGUUCACUUGGUGCUGCAUUCCUUUCGUUCCUCGCAGCUGUCGGGAUCAUCAUCUGCUGUCGCCGAAGACGUUCCAAGUCCAAGUCAGGUUCCACAUACUACACUCCGCCUUCCAACCGCUCUUCCUAUUACCAUUCGAAUAGAUCGAGUGGUGCAUACAGCUCGAUCUAUGCGCCUAUCGUGAGCCAAGACAAGAGCGUCAGUGGCCAUACGACCCCACCUAGGGGAGUUACACAUUUCCGAGAUGUCAGUCAAGGAGAAGAUUCUGAAGCUUUCAUUCCUCCUUCGGUGGAGAGUACGAGCACUGAGUCGGGGAGACGCGAAGGCGCUUACAUGGACCCGUAUGACCCUCCAUCAGGAGCUCUAUCUGGUUCAUCCUAUGGGGAAGGUGGUCGGGGCUAUUCAGGACAAUGA